CUAUCUUUCUUGUGUAUACUCAUUGUUUGAUUAUUUCUUCUUCAUUCUGUCUCUUCCGCACGCUCCGGCCUUUGACCACAUCUUCGAAUUCAAAGAAGGCUUCGCUUCCAUUUUUAACCUUUAUAGCCAUAAAUCAAGCGAGAUUUCCCAUCGUUAUCGAUACGCACGCACGGACACACUCGUAACACUGGAAAGUGGGUGACGUCUGUCAGCACGGUCACUGUCCCUCCAAAGAGUCAGCCUCAAUUCAAUCAUUGGAAUGGCAUAUUAUGUCGGAACAAUCUACCGACGCUCAUGAUGGUCUUGAAACAUCAACUUUGAUAGACACCAACGUCGUCUCUUCGGCAUCCAGCUCAAAAUCUCCAUCGCCCUCAACUCCCUCCAACAGUCAAUCCCCUCCAUUAUCGCACAAGUCCAACAUCGACACUCCCGCAUUCCACCCACCUUCUCGCCCCUCGCUCGACAGUACCAAUUCAGAACUAUCCGAGUUAUCCAUUCAUUCCAACGAGUUUCAAACCUCCCAUCCAUUGAUUCGAAGCGCUUCUCACGAUGCUGCUCCUCCUCCUCCACCCUCCUCCCUCACCACUCGUCCACGUCUCCGGUCUGCUCUGCACUCUUUCUAUGUCGCCAAUUAUGGUGCCAUGCUCGUCUUAGUCUCCCAGAUCUUUGGAGCGGGUAUGAAUAUCGCCACCAGGCUACUCGAGACUCCUGGUGGCCAUGGCGAGCCUAUGCAUCCAUUCCAGAUCCUGUUCGCUCGGCAAUCCAUCACCGCCUUUCUUUGCACCACCUACGGCAUCUACACCAAAGCAGUGCCUCAUUUCCCCUUUGGAGCUCGCGAGGUUCGCUGGCUGCUCGUCAUUCGAGGGCUCUGCGGCUUCUUUGGCGUCUUCGGCCUAUACUUCAGUCUGCUCUACCUUCCACUCAGUGAAGCAACGGUUCUGACCUUUCUCGGGCCCAUCUUGACCUGUUAUCUAUGCAGCUUUGUCAUCCCAGGCCAAACUUUUACUAAACAGCAACAAUUGGCGAGUUUUGUCAGUUUGGUUGGAGUCAUCUUCAUCGCACAGCCCGCUUCAAUCUUCAAGGCCAUCACCUCGGACGCUUCUUCUUCUUCACCUCCUCCUUCUCCAACUUCGCCCACAGACGGCUUCACCACCUCAGCAAACUCGACUCAGACAGAUUCAGGAGGGCCCCAGUCACCCACGUCAGAGGAGCACCUCAAAGCCAUCGGCAUCGCCAUGAUAGGGGUCCUCGGCGCAACUGGAGCUCUUACCAGCAUUCGUGCCAUUGGCAAGCGUGCCCACGCAUUCAUCAGCAUCAAUUAUUUCAGUGUGUGGUGCUCAAUCGUCUCCCUAGUUGCCUUGAUCGUCUUUCCUGAUGUAAAGUUUCGAUUCCCUGGCAAUAUCACCGAAUGGGCUUUACUUCUGAGCCUGGGGGUGUGUGGAUUUUGCAUGCAGUUUUUGCUGACCGCCGGCUUGGCCUAUGGAGGAGCACGAUUGAAAGGAGACUCGGGCGGUGUAAGGCCACCGUUCAGGGACAUUGAGGCUAACGAUACUACAAUUCCCACUUCUGCGUCGACUCCAGACCGUCGUCUGAGUACCGAGAUCGACUCACAAGGACGAAAAUCUGCCAGUCAGCCCAAGCCGAGCUCUUCCGGGACAAGAGCAACCAGCAUGGUGUAUACACAGAUGCUGUUUGCAUUAGCCGGAGACAAGUUUGUCUUUGGCGUGACUCCUGGCACCAUGAGCUGGAUUGGAAGUGUACUGAUUCUGGCCGGCGCGGUGUGGGUGGCAAGUGCUCGAGACAAAGACGAGAAGCCAGCCCGUGUUAGUGGCAACCGCUCAAGGAGUCCACAUCCGGCACCCAGGCAGUCAUCCAAGCAUGCAGACACGGCGACUGUUGAAGAGGCGGAGAAUCUCGAGUCAACCGGCUUGCUCUAUGAUGUGGAUGAGGAUGAUGGUUUCGAGCAGCAGGCUGUUCAAGGGUCACGGCGGGACGGCCACGGCCCGGUGGAGAGUGUCGAGUUAAGAGACAUGCGAUCUUGAAUCACUUUUGAGCAGGGGGCUCGAGACUUGAAGAGUACCAGCUGUGAAAGAUAAUCCUUGGAUGGACAGGACAGUUAAGGAACGCGCAGGUGUUCAGGUGUUGAUGUGUUAGAUGAGAAUCACGCUAUGAUGAAAAGGCACGCACUAUACACGUUUUACUAUGGGACUUGGAUGAUUUAAACUCCUAGACUAGGAUUCCAGGGUCUGCAUGAAUUAGACGAAUAUCAAGGAAAUGAAAGAAUGAG